CUCGGCCCCUCCCCCGCUCUGCCCUCCGCCCCGCCGACCUGCCUGUGGGAAGUGCGGCUAUGCCCGGCGCUGACAGCGGCCCCGUGCUCUGAUGCCUUUGUGUCUGGCUGUGGAGGAGCCGGCGAGCUCUUUGUCUUCUGCCCAGGACAGUGGAAGCUGCGGCCGCUCCCCGUCUGAUCCCCCGCCCGGUUAUGCCCGCACGGCCCCUGGCAGCAGACUGAGCGGUCCCGGGAAGUUUCCAUGUCCUCUCGGCCCGGCAGGGAUACAAUGAAGGAUCUGAAGAAGUAUAUGACAGAAGGUCUGCUGCAGUUCGCCAUCCUGCUGAGCCUGGCCGGGGUGAGGGUGGACCUGGACUCCUACCUGCCGCCCAUCAGGGAGAUCAUCCUGGGGACCAGCUCUGCCUACUCCCAGAUCCCCUUCCACAGCCUGAGGGACACUUGGGGGGGCUCCAGCCUGCACCCCAAGAGCCCGGACCUGGACUCCUUCUUCACUGCCCGGAGGCUGCUGGACGAGGUGAGGGCGCUGGGGGACACGCGGGUGCCCAGGACGGAGCUCAGCGCCUGGCUGGUGCACACGGUGCCCGCGGAGGAUGCUGCGGAGACCGGGCCGGCCAGUGCCCUGCUGAGUGCCGGGGAGGAGGACACCCCAGGCCCGAGCAGCAGCCAGCAGCCCAGCCAUGCCACCCCCUCACAGCCACACAUUGGCACCAGUGCCACCUCCAGCCCCGGAGACUAUACCAAAGAGAAACAAGAAGAUAAACUGGGAUAUAGUGAAGACUCCUACAGCUACCUUCACAACGACAAUGGGAAGGCCGAGCUGGAGGAGGAGGUAACUCAACGCAGUGAAGGAUGUGACCCUAGCAAUACCGCCGCAAGUGACAGCAACGACAUAAGAGCAGAGAUUGACCGGAACACCACCGAGCCUUCUCUGUUCUUUGAAGAAUUUAUUCAGCUCCUGGCACAAACUGAAAAUGCACUUGAGGGCACUAGUGAAAAUUCUUUUCAAAGUGCGGAACCUUCCUCCAGAUCUGGAAACUCAGUUGGAGAAUUGUGGCAAGACUUCCUAUCUCUGCCUGAUUUAAAUAUUACAUUGGAAGACAUUCAGUCCAUUUCCAACACCAACAAUGCUAUCAGCACUUCAGUACCGUUCAGUGCGCAUCUGACGGAGGCAAUUAGCCAAGAUAUAAGCCUACAGGAAGCCAUGUUUGCAUCAACUCUUGCCGACAGGUCCAGUGAGGACCAGAAACCAGAGAACUUACUGCAGUUAAAUUCAAGUGCUAUUCCUGGAGAUCCCUUAAGUGCCACAAAUCUGACCAAUCUGUUUCCAACUACUGACAAUAAUUCCAGAAACUCAACCAACCAAGAUCUUCUUUCUGGUCUUGAUGAGAAUGUAUUUGAUGAAAUAAAUUUAAUGUCUCUAGCCCUGGAAGAAGGGUUUGAUCCUCUGGAAGUCUCUCAGUUAUUUGAAGAACCAGACUCAGAUUCUGGACUUUCCUUAAAUUCAAGCCAUAGCCCAACAUCUGCAAGCAUAUCUGACACUUCAUCUAUAACCUUUGGGGAGGAAGAAGGUGCAGCUGGCUACAGCAGUGACUCUGAAUCCACUUCAUAUGACGGUUUAGAGGGAGCAGUAGGUGGGAGCGGUCCAGAAAUCAACAAGUUCUGUCAAAUGGAUGAUUCAAACUAUUACAGUGAGAUGUCUUUACAUAAUGUUCAUCAUAACCAUACAUAUAAUCAAUUGCCUAAUCAGACGGAGCCUAGUCCAGAACAUCACUAUAGCUGGUCAGUGAAAUCCAACAAAAUAAGGAGCCCGUGUGUCAAUGCAAUGGACAAAAACCUCAGCCGAGAUGAACGGAGAGCAAAAUCCUUAAGAAUUCCAUUCUCAGUGGAUGAAAUUGUGAGUAUGCCUGUAGAGAUGUUUAAUAGUAUGUUGACCAAGCAUUAUCUGACUGAGACCCAGGUGUCUGUUAUACGAGAUAUUCGGCGUCGGGGUAAGAAUAAGGUGGCUGCUCAGAACUGUCGCAAGCGUAAGUUGGAUGUAAUUUUGAACUUGGAGGACGAUGUCAAUCAUCUGAAAGUUCAGAAGGAAAAGCUACUGAAAGAACAAGCUCAGUGUGGUAAGUCUGUGAGCCAUAUGAAGCAAAAACUAAAUGACCUGUACCGAGAUGUAUUCAACCGACUACGAGAUGAGCAGGGUAGACCUGUCAAUCCAAACCAGUAUGCCUUGCACUGUAAUAGUGAUGGCAGUAUCAUGGUUGUCCCAAGGAGACUGUUCAAAUCAGAGCAAAAAAAAGACACACAAAAGGACAAGAAACAAAAAUGAACGUUGACCUAAGACAAACCAUCUAAAAACAGUAGUGGCAUGAACUAAAAAAGCUGCCAAUUGGGAGAGGCUAAAAUAAAAGGACUUUGAAGAUAUCGUUUGUUCAGGUGGCAGCUGAACGCAGUCGUUGGUCCUUACAAGAACACAAAAUCUUACGAAGACGCUGCUUUCACCCUCCCUC